AUGCCAAGAGCCCCAAGAACCUACUCUAAGACUUACUCUACCCCAAAGAGACCUUACGAGUCCGCUCGUCUGGACGCUGAGUUGAAGUUGGCUGGUGAAUACGGCCUGAAGAACAAGAAGGAGAUUUACAGAAUCUCUUUCCAGUUGUCUAAGAUCCGUCGUGCUGCCAGAGACUUGCUGACCAGAGAUGAGAAGGACCCAAGAAGACUUUUCGAGGGUAACGCCAUGAUCAGAAGACUGGUCAGACUUGGUGUCUUGUCCGAGGACAAGAAGAAGUUGGAUCACGUCUUGGCCUUGAAGGUUGAGGACUUCUUGGAGAGAAGACUGCAAACCCAGGUCUACAAGUUGGGUUUGGCCAAGUCCGUUCACCACGCUAGAGUCUUGAUCACCCAGAGACACAUUGCUGUCGGUAAGCAGCUGGUCAACGUCCCAUCUUUCUUGGUUAGAUUGGAGUCCGAGAAGCACGUUGACUUCGCUAGAGGUUCUCCAUUCGGCGGUGGCAGACCAGGUAGAGUCGCCAGAAAGAACGCCGCCAGAAAGGCCGAGGCUGCUGGUGGUGACGCCGAAGAGGACGCCGAGUAA